AUGGACCAGAUGUUCCAAAUCAUGUCGAAUGAAGCCGCCAUACAGAGUCCGUGCGGAUUACGAGCGUUUCAAACGAAACUCGGAAGAAUGAUUGCUGGACCAUCACAAGAAACAAAAUCGAAGACAGGAACUCAAGUGAUUCAAAAUUUAAUCUUAACGUCAAGUUAUCCGAUUCCACAGAUUACGUCAACAUUCGCGGCAAGUAGCCAAAAAAGAAAAAUCCUUUCAACUCAAGCAAACAAAACUCCAAUGGAAAAGGAGACUGGAACGGCCAGUCCCCAAACUCCGCAAAUAGGAGCGUCAUUCUCAGAUGCCCCAAACGGAUCCAGCGGAGAAGCAGAUAGCAAAUGGUUUGAGAAGGAAGAACAAGUUGCUACUAAUUUCGACCUUUCCCUUUUUUGGAAAAUAGAAAACUUCGCGAACCUUGAAGGCGCUGAUGCAGUGGAGUCGGAGGAUCGCUUCGAUUUCUUUGACGAAAAAAUAACGAGAUGGCCAGAUGGAAGAUACUGUACACCGAUCCCUUGGACAACUGACAAGUGGAGACUUCAGAAAAAUCUCCCGUUGGCCACCGGAAGAGUGGAAAGCACAAUAACAAGAUUGAGAAAAAAUCCGGGAGACUUGGUGAAUUACCACGCAGAAAUCCAAAAGCUCAUCGACAGCAAAUUCGUCGAGGAGGCGAACAUGGACUACGAAGAGCUUCACACCUAUCUCCCACAUCAUCCGAUCUUCAGAGGCGACAAAUCAACGACGAAAAUCAGACCCGUCUUUGAUGGAGCAGCAAAAACGAAAUUUGGACCAAGUCUGAACGACGUGUUGGAGACCGGACCAAAUCUCAAUCCCGAUCUCCUAUCAGUGCUAUUACGCUUCAGAAAGUACGAGAUUGCCUGGAUUGCCGACAUAGAAAAGGCUUUUCUAAACAUCGCCCUGCAGCCGGAAGACGCUGAAGCAAUCAGGUUUUUAUGGCCCAGGGAUCCAGCAGUGGCUGGAUCGCCUCUAAUUGCCUACAAGUGGAAGAGAGUGCCCUUUGGCCUUAGUUCUAGCCCCUUUCUCCUACGUGUUACAAUUAACAAACAUUUCAAAUCACUAAAGUCUCGUUUUCCAGAAACUAUUCAACAGCUGGAAGAAAGUUUGUACGUUGACGAUUACCUCGGCGGAGCAAACAAUUUAUCGAUCGCCAAGAAAAGAGUCGACGAAACGGACGAGAUCUUUAGUGACGCCCAACUCAACAUGAGAAGCUGGGCAACCAACAACGAAGACCUAAAACAACACCUGAAGGAGAAAGGACUAUCGAAUCAAGUCGUAGGCCUACUCUCCCCAGCCUUGGACGGCCAACAGAAGGUGUUAGGAAUCCGGUGGGACACCGGAUCCGAUUCGUUCAAAUUUGAUCCAGCAUCCAUCAUCCAAGCAGUGGAAGAAGUGGGAGCGGAGAUCACCAAAAGGAAGAUACUUAGUAUCUCGGCAAGGAUUUUCGAUCCAAUUGGAUUUUUAUCUCCCACUGUACUUUUAUUAAAGAUUAUUUACCAGAAGCUCUGGGAAAAGGAGAUAGGUUCGGACCAAGCAGCUCCAGCCGAUAUCCAAAAAUCUUGGAAGAUAGUGAUGACUGGUCUUGCCGAUUUCACCGAACUACAAAUUCCACGAUGGAUCGGACUAUCCGAAAAAGUCACUUCACACGAAAUUCACGUCUUCGGAGACGCUUCUGAAGCAGCGUAUGGAGCCGUAGCCUACGCCCGACUCCAAAUAGGACAAGAAGAUCCACUCAUCAUCCUACUGGCCAGCAAAACGAGAGUUGCACCUCUACCUAAGAAAAAAGUAACUUUACCGCGUUUAGAACUGCUGAGCUCACUUUUAGCUGUACGUUUAGGUGAAGUUGUAAAAAACGCGAUGCAAGUCCAGUAUUGGAGAACUAUCUACUGGUCGGACUCCUUAGUUGCACUAGGAUGGAUUAGAGGAGAGCCGAACAAAUGGAAACCAUUCGUCCGAAACCAAGUGGAGACGAUACGAAAAUUUUCACAGCCCGAGUGGUGGAGACACUGUCCAGGUCUCCAAAAUCCGGCCGAUCUUGCCUCGCGGGGAGCGCCAGCGCCAACGCUGGUAACCUCAACUCUUUGGUGGAACGGCCCGAUUUGGCUCAAAGGAGAAGAAACGGAAUGGCCAGAUUCUCCCAACGACCAAAUUCCACAAACAAUCCAGUCCGAAAUGGAAUCGGAAGCAAGGAGUACGACGGUCAGCACAACAGCAGCCAUCGCAAUUCCAACAGCCUCCGUCGACUGGAAUCUCGACAAAAUUUCCACCUGGAAUCGACUGUUAAGACGUACAGCCUGGGUCUCACGAUUCCUCAGCAGGAGUCAAAAGAAGCUCAGACCUCCCGGUCCAGAACGAAUGGAGUCGAUAAAGGCAAUUGGACCAGAUGGAAAAGGAAGUGGAAAAGUUAUCCGGAUUACAAGAUUAUCCAGAGAGGAGCUGGAUGAAGCGGAACUAACGAUCUACAGACAGCUCCAACGAGAGCGGUAUCCUAAGGCGUUUGAAUCGCUACAGUUAGACAACACAAUCCAGCCCAAGGAGAAAAUCGCUGCACUUUUUCCAAUCUGGGACGCCAGAGACCGUCUCGUUCGAAUCCAUGGGAGAGUAUCACUUGCCCUAAGAGAUAGAAACAUCGAUCCCCCAAUUUUGCUUCCUGCAUCACAUAUAGUAAUCACUUUCUUAAUUACAGACAAACACGAGUCGCUACUACAUGCAGGAGCAAAAGUAACACUAUCCGAGUUAAAAGAAAAAUUCUGGAUAGUCAAGGGACGACAGCAAGUGAAAAUGACUUUGUUUACUUGUGUGGAAUGUAAAAAGCUGACAUCACCACCAUUCCAGGAAUUAGCAGCCCCUCUUCCUUUAAACCGACUCAAACAUGCACAAUCUUUUCACGUUACAGGAGUCGAUUUCGCUGGACCACUGCUGUACAAACCAGCACAGCGAAGGAAGAAAAGGAAGGCUCCAUCAGGCGUCCAGGAUCCGACGCCAGCAGACGAUCCAACUGAAGAGCAAAUCGAGGAGCCACCCACUGAAGGAGACGCUCCAAUCGAAGCUCUAAUCGUAGGCGAAGAGGAUUCAAUCGAAGAAGAUGUCGAAAUCCAAGACAUUUUAAUAACAACAACUAAAGCUAAGAAAACGAACCAUCUUAAAAGUUAUGUUUGUCUUUUUACGUGUGCAGUCACUCGAGCGGUUCACUUGGAAUUACUACCCGAUAUGACGGCGCGUUCCUUCUUACUAGCCUUCAGAAAAUUCGCAGCUAGACGAGGACCCGUCUCAGUGAUGUAUUCGGACAACGCGCAAACUUUCCAAUGUGUUGAACGAUUCCUGAGAACUAUCCAUGCCGAUCCAACCAUUCAAGAUUUCCUCGCGUCCAGAAAAACCCUUUGGAUAUUUUCCGCCAGCCUAGCGCCAUGGUGGGGAGGAUUCUGGGAACGGAUGGUGAGGAGCGUCAAGGAUCUGCUGCGACGCUCCAACGGUCGAGCCUGCCUUGACUACAUGGAACUGGAAGCGAGUCUAGCAGAAAUCGAGAGCGUAAUCAACGCCCGCCCACUCAGCUAUAUCGGAGAAGGAGCUGACGAUCCACUUCCGAUAACUCCAAACCAAUUUCUAAACAACAGACGUUCUACUCGUGCCGAUCCGGAGCCAGCCGUUAACUUGCUAGCUCCAACAUCGACCAGCAUCGUACUACAAGAGAUGGACAAGAACAGGAGGGAUUAUGUCGCUGACAUCUGUGCCAGAUUUGUCGACGAUUAUCUACUCCAACUAGACAACUUCCACUCCAAAGGAAAAUCCGGAAGGAAGAUCCGCCUAGGAGAAGUCGUCGUUAUCCACGACGAAAACUCCAAACGACUCAUGUGGUCUACCGGAGUAGUGAAGGAACUGAUUCCAAGCCGCGACGGACUCAUCCGCUCUGUCAUGCUCAAGGUUCCAAAUGGUAAUUUAAUUAAUAGAGCCAUUCAAUGUCUUCACCCCAUAGAGCUGCGAGAAGACCUCGCCGAAGACGUCGAAAUUGGAAAUCCGGAACCGAUCCAGGAGCCGGAAGAGGAUCCAAAUCCAACUCUGCCAGAGCCAGAAAUCGAUCUCGAUGUCGGAGACGCUACGCCAGCUACCGAAGAACCGGACGACGUCGUCGAAGAUGUCGAGCCGGAUGCUACGGGCUCUGGUGGGGAGUGUGUUAGGAAUAUUCAAUUCCAACAGACGACGACGAGAUCCGGGCGCCGCAUAACAACACCGGCGCAUCUACGCGACUAUUGCCUAGGGGGCCCCCGAUAG